AUGGAUUACGAUCCGAUGGCAAUGGAUGACGCCGAGUCGCUCGGGCCCGUCGUCAAGAUCUCGCAGGCCGACUCGGUCCGCGUCAAGUUCGAACUCCAGAAUGCCGACAUCUCGUUCGCCAACUCGCUGCGCCGCGUCAUGCUGGCCGAGAUCCCAACCAUCGCCAUCGACUUGGUCGAGAUUGAAAGCAACAGCUCGGUUCUUGCUGACGAAUUCAUCGCCCACCGUCUUGGUCUUAUCCCACUCAACGCCGAGGGUGUCGAGCACCUCCUCUAUUCCCGCGACUGCGACUGCGAAGAGUACUGCGAAAACUGCAGCGUGAAGCUCACGCUCCAUGCCAAGUGCACUGGCUACGAGAACAUGUCGGUAUCCGCGCGCGAUUUGGUACCUGUUGGCGAGCGCAUAAAUCAAUCUCUGGGCACGCCAGUUAUUAACGACAAGGACGGCACCGGGCCGCUCAUUCUCAAGCUGCGCCCCGAGCAGGAGAUCAAGCUCGAGUGUAUCGCGAAGAAGGGCAUUGCGAAGGAGCAUGCGAAGUGGGCACCAAGCGCAGCCAUCGGGUUUGAAUAUGACCCCCACAACAAGCUCCGCCAUCUUGACCUUUGGUAUGAGAAGGAUCCCAAGUCGGAAUGGCCUCCUAGCGAGUAUGCCAAGUGGGAAGAGCCACCAGUGGAAGGCGAGCCUUUCGACUUUGACGCCGUCCCCAACCACUUUUACUACAACGUCGAGACAGCCGGUAACCUGCCACCAGACGGAAUCGUCACCGAGGGCAUCAAGGUCAUCCAGCAAAAGCUCGCUGGUCUGAUUCACGAGUUGACUGAAGGGGAGGGUGAAGGUGGCUACGACGGACCCCGCAGCCCAGAUUACAACAGCGGUCCUGACACCGGCUAUGGGUACUCGACAUCCUACGGCGGAAAUGGCGGGAACCAGAGCGCCUGGGGUGGCGGCGGCGGAACCACUCCAUUCGGCGGGCAGACUUCCUAUGGCGGUGGCGGUUGGUCUUGA